AUUUUCAUUUUCGGUGCGCGAGGUAAUUAUAUUACACAUUGAAAAUGAACAACAUAAGCCCCACAACAGGUAGGCUAGCUUAAUGCGCUGCUUUAUUCAUUAUUACAUUUGUUUGUGUCGUAAUACAAUGCAACUUAUCGAUAAUUAAAAUAUCUGGCUUUAGAUUUCGUUAUCGCACUUGUUCUUUUACAUAAUUAGUGCUUCCUCUACUAGAUUUAUAAAUAUAUUCAAUUAUCCGGCUUGUAUUUACCGUCAUAUGACGUGUCAUUCAAUAGUUGCAUGCUUUCCUUCCCUUGUUUAAAAAUCAUGGGGUUUUCAAUGCGAAAACUUCUUGAACUAAACACAAACAUCAUUUAUUGCAUUCUACAUCGCAAGGUAUCGAUAAAUUACUAAUAAUUGCACGUUUCCAUAAAUCACACUUUGUUUUGUUUAGACAGUAAAUCGGGUUGCCUAAUAAUAGGAGUUUUGCCAUACUUUUGUGAAAGUAAAUUUACCUUCCGAAACAAACGGUACAUACAAAUACUUUCUAGCCGCGUAAGCAUGAAAUUGAGGUUUCUAGAAUAAAAUCUGUCAAUUUUUAAUGAGCCCGUCCGUAAAAUGCACAGAAAUCCCAGUGUAAUAAGGUUAAAAUGCUCGGCGAUGAAGAUCCGAAUUUAGACUACAUCGAAGAUCCUUACUUCAAUCCGCAACAUUCCGGCGCUACUCCCAGCCUGGACGAGCCCGACCUGAACGACUACGAUCUGUUGGAAAACGAAUUGGACCUCUUCGACUUGAGGCGUUUCGAUUUCGAUGAAAUCGCCAACAACAGCCUGCACUCGCUGCCCGAAGACACCGAAUCCAUCAGCGUCGAGGCCGAGUUCUUCAACGUGAAGAGAGCCAACGCUAUCGUACGGGCAUUUUUUAAGAACAAACUAAAAAGACAAGUGCGGGUGACUUACUGUGAUCUUACCAAACCCUAUUUAGCUAAACUGCCGAAAGACAGUAAUUUUAGGAAAUAUUUAGAUAUCAGUAACAACGACGAAGCGAUGGCGGCCGGCGAAACCCCCGUUCCCGACCUCUCUCACCUGUCCUCCGAAGAAAAGGCCGAGCAGGAGAGACUGUGGAAGGAGGAACUGGCGACCAUCGAGGACGAGAUCUCCACGCUGCGAACGGUGCUGGCCUCGAAGAUGCGCCGCUGCGCCGAGCUGAAGCGGAAUUUGGGCAUCACCGUGUGGAAGGAAGUGUCCGAGGACAUCAACCAGGGCAUUAAGAACGUGAAGGAGAGCAACGUAUAUCAAACAGUAGAAACUAAAGUUGGUCAAGUCACUAAGGCUGUUACCGAUGCUCCCAUAUACCAGAAAACGACGUCUCUGAUAGGCGGCAUAACUGGAAACAUUUCCAAUAAAUUCGGCCAGAUGCGGCAUUCCGAAUCGUUUAAAUCGUUUGAGGAAAGGGUGGGUUCUGCGUACGAAAACGUAAAGACCAAAGUAGUUUCACGUUCUGGAUCGCAACAAAGUCUGGACGAUGUGGGUAGGUCAAGAUCAGGAUCAGCAGUGACAAGUCCAACCAUUCCUGAGGAGAAACCUCUGGCGUAGGAAAAGCGAAACGUUUUGUAAAAGCGAUAUGGUAAACUCCGAAAUUGCCUUUUUUUGAAGCUUAAAAAAUGUGCUACUGUACUAAUUGAUUCGUUACUAUUUUUGUAAUAGUUCGUUAAGGUGAAACUCGGUCUAUAUAUUUUUUAAUUUAUACAAUUCUUAAUAUAUAUUUUUUUUGUUUGUAAAACGGAAUUAUUGAAUCACGAUUAUUAAAAAGUGCAUUUAUUCGAAUUACGAAAACGCCGACAUCUCAAAAUUUCGAUGGAAACUUCUCAACUGCGUUUGUUACUUUUGAACAAAAUAGCUUUUGAUAGGUUUUUGGGUAAACUUGAAAAUCUUAUUUUAGUACUUUUCACAUGGUGAUAAGAUACGAUUUCGUAGUAAAAUAGUUUUUGUACAGGUUAAGUUAGUUUCAAAAAAUAAUAAAAAUACUAAAAAUAGUAUUUUUUCAUAUUCUUCUUGUAGCUUAAUAUUAUAAAAUAACUUCGUAGCUGAUGUAUGUAUUCCUUUAAUGAAUAUACGAAUAAUU